UUUCGUCGGCGCUGGGGUGGCAGUAGUCAUGGGGUUGCGGUGGACCGGGCUGGCGUUUUGGGCGGCAGCGUCGCUUGUGGCAGGUAUUUUUGCUAAUGAAUUCAAUGUAUUACGAUCUCCUGAGUCAGUCAUUUUCCAUCAGGGAAGCUGGCCAAUACCUGGAGAACGAAUUUCAGAUCUGGCUGCAUUAUCCAUGGGCUUCUCUGUUGAGGAAGACGUCUCCUGGCCUGGACUUGCAGUAGGUGAUCUCUUCCGGCGUCCUCGAGCUACAGUUCUGGUCACAGUAACAGGGAUAGACAAGUUAACGCUACCUGAGCGUGGUAUUUCUUACCCAAUUGAGAAUGCAGUUCCUUUCAACCUGGAUGGUGUUGCAAAUGCUAUUCAUACUUUGUUUUCUGAGGAAACCCCCGUAGUAGUACAGCUAGCUCCUAGUGAAGAGAGAGUCUACAUGGUGGGAAAGGCAAACUCUGUGUUUGAGGACCUUUCAGUCACACUACGACAGCUUCGGAAUAGAUUAUUCCAGGAUAAUUCCAUUCUGGCUUCUCUUCCCCUUAAUUCUCUGAGCAGAAACAAUGAGGUUGAUCUGCUGUUUCUGUCAGAAUUACAAGUCUUACAUGAUAUCACAAGCUUGCUUUCCAGGCACAAGCAUUUAGCGAAGGAUCAUUCACCAGACCUAUAUUCUUUAGAACUUUCUGGGUUGGAAGAAAUUGGUAAACGGUAUGGAGAAGAUUCGCAGCAGUUCAAGGAUGCCUCUCAAAUUCUUGCAGACUCACUGCAAAAGUUUGCAGAUGAGAUGUACAACCUUUAUGGUGGCAAUGCAGUGGUAGAAGUGGUGACUGUGAAGACAUAUGACACACCCUUUGUGAGGAAGUCACGAUCUAUCCUAGAAACCUCAGAGACCAUCCCUGGGAAUCAGUAUAACCUAGGAUAUCCAUACAACUUUAACUAUGCUGUGGUCUUCAACAUAAUUCUGUGGAUCAUGAUAGGCCUCAUCAUAGCUGUGAUUGUUAUUUCCUACAACCUCUGGAAUAUGGAUCCAGGCUAUGACAGCAUCAUUUACAGGAUGACCAACCAGAAGAUCAGGAUAGAUUAAACACCAGCUAAUUGCAACCUGAGGAGGAGUCAGUCUUCUUCCAGUGCAACCAUCUCCAUGCUGUUUUGCUUAUUAAUGUGAAAAUAUAUUAAAGGCUAGUAGUGGACAGUCAGUUUGCUGAGUUGGAAAGUGCAAUGGGUAUGAAAUUAUGAUCUAACUUCUAUAAACAGAUUCAUGUAAAUGAUUCCUGUUUUGUGCCCAUGCAGUAUGUAUUCAAUUUCAGAGCUGUUCCUCUUGCUGGUUAGUAAACAAUGCACUAAAAGUAAGCUAGCGACUUGUUUUGUGUUAAAUUCUUUUUACACUGGAAGCUUAGGAUGCUGAGGUAGUAUUGGGUACUGAAUCAAUUGUAAAUGUUUAAUGUAAAUAAUUCAAGUUUUUUGUCUAUAGGGGUUUAGUCAUGUUUAUGCUGAAUCUUUAGUGUCAAAGCUUGUUGAAAAAUCUGAGUUCGAUGUUUACUUGUGAGCUACUGUACAGACUUUGAAUAAAGUGAAUCUUUGUGUGAAAGUUUCAUGCAGAAAUGACCCAGAAUAAAGAGAAAAAUAAACAGUGAUAUAUGUUGCAGCAGUGUAGGGCUUGUAGUUGAAAUGCUAUGAAUUAAUCCAGAGAAGAUCCCAUUAAUAAGCAUAGCUUUAUUACUAUCUUGUUCUAUGCAAAGGACAAUAUUAGCAUGGCUGUGGAGUGAACUGUCAGAAAGACAGUGCCAUUUUGUGCAGAGUUUUUCCAGUCUAAAACUGUGGUAGUAGACUAGAUGAACUCUGUCCACAACUGCGUUGAGAUGCAGAUGUGAACUUGAAUGCACAGUCAUUGGUGUGCAAUGGUGCCUGUGGUACGCAUGCAUCAGAUAAGUGCCCUGACCUGGAUAGCCUGGGCUAGCCUGAUCUUGGAAGCUAAGCAGGGUCAGCCCUGGUUUGUAUGUAGAUAAGAGACCACCCAGGCAGUGGCAACCCCCCUCUGACCAUCUCUUUGCCUUGGAAAUCAAAAGGGGUCACCUGUGAUUUGAUGCACUUUACACACACGGUAAUAACAGCAGUAGACCCUGAGUGAAAUAAAUUUUAAAAUAGGUCUGUCUUUGAGCUGUGAAGCAGCAUAGUUCCUUCCAAUAUUGUAAAUUGUAUAGCUACACUGUGCAUUGAUAGUCAUCUGACAAUUGGUGUGAUCUCUUCUCUGUUCCAUAGCAUGUCGCAACACAGUCCAUGCUAACUUAACCUAUACAAAAUAGGUGGUAAAGAGCAGCUUCAGUAUGAAAAACUCAGUGGGCAACCUAGAACUAUAAUUGUUAAUUUAAUAUAUAUCAUAUUGUGGAGAAAUUGAUAUGUGUAAACUUAUGCUUUGCCUUGGUUCAAACUAUUAGCAGUAUUAAAAGAUGAGGGACUGUUUGAAUUAACAAAAAUGCCACCUUUAACCAACCAUUGCCCAUAAAAAUAUGGCUUCUUGUUUGCCAUUCAGUUGUGUCUGACUCUUGGUGAUUCUAUGGGCCAGCUCUCUCCACGUUUUCCAGUCUUGUACUGUUUGAGUUGUUCCAUGCUCCAGCUGGUGUCGACUUUUAUGAUGUUUAGCCACUAUGUUCUAUGAUGGCCUGGUUUCCUUUUGCCGCUAACCAAUCCAAACAUAAUUGUUUUUUCUAGUGAGUUGUUCUGCAUGGCAUGGCUGAAGUAAGUCAGUUGCAGUUUUAUGAUUUUUCCUUCCAAUGACAUGUCUGGUUUAGUGCUCCAAUACUUGCU